ACGCAACGUGCCCCUGUACUGUUGACUGGGAAGCCCCUAGCGCGGAGCUGCCAACGCCCGGCGUAGAGACACAAAUAGAAGAUACGAUCUUGAAUGAGUAGUGAAGACUGUAAAUCACAGCUAUGCAGACCAUAAAGUGUGUUGUAGUGGGGGACGGAGCAGUGGGUAAAACAUGCCUGCUCAUCUCCUACACCACUAACAAGUUCCCCUCUGAAUAUGUUCCUACGGUGUUUGAUAAUUAUGCUGUAACUGUAAUGAUCGGAGGCGAGCCCUACACUCUGGGCUUGUUUGAUACAGCAGGUCAGGAAGACUACGACAGGUUACGACCUCUGAGUUAUCCGCAGACAGAUGUCUUCCUAGUCUGUUUUUCCGUUGUGUCUCCAUCCUCCUUUGAAAACGUCAAAGAAAAGUGGGUUCCAGAGAUCACCCACCACUGUCCAAAGACCCCCUUCCUGCUAGUUGGGACUCAGAUUGAUUUGCGGGAUGACCCCUCCACUAUAGAGAAGCUGGCCAAGAACAAGCAGAAGCCCAUCGCUCCGGAGACGGCUGAGAAACUGGCGAGAGACCUCAAGGCUGUGAAAUAUGUGGAGUGCUCAGCCCUCACGCAGAAAGGCCUAAAGAAUGUGUUUGAUGAGGCGAUAUUGGCUGCAUUGGAGCCCCCAGAGCCCAAGAAGAAACGCAAAUGUGUGCUGCUAUGAGAGGCUCCUCCCUUUUUCAAAGCACACACACACACACACACACACAUAUGACACAUACACACAUCUUAAAUACACACACACACACAUACACACACCCCGCCCUCCAUAGAGAAGACUAAGAAGCGAAACAGCCCACAGUUCAGAUAAUUCUCUGCAAUAAAACGAAGAGAUAGGACUUGGUCUCAGGCGGGGAUCCAGAUGUCGAGCUAACACACAAGUAGAAUCCAUUCUGUGGAGCUUUUGAUAGAUUUUGAUGCAGCCAGGUCAACUUUUAGAUGCCCAAGUCAUUUAGAUGUCUUCAGCCAAUGUAAAGGGUUUCAUGGAUAUAUAAAAAAAGCCCCGCCCCCAGCCCAUCCCAGCUGUCUGAUUGGUUGCAGAUCACACUGUUGGUCCCGCCUCCCUACCAGCACUACCAGAAGAAAUGCUAACAAAGUAGUGUUUUGUUUGCCAACACCCACCUUUUUUCUCACCCUCAAACACACAAGAUAUUUAUUCCAUGUUCUGGAUAGACGCGCUCUUAACCACUAAGGAAAAAAUGCGACAUCAAUACGGCUAAAAACUCCACAUCCAGGAACUUUUAAAACUAUAGUAACAUAUUGCCAUUUUAGUAUCCAGUUCUCUUUAGUGGCGGUUUUUUCAAGGAGUGCGGUAAUCACGUGAAGAGCUUAAAAGGCGUCCGGUAGAAAUGGUUCCACUAAAGGAAUUGGCCUUUUAGAUGCAGGGAACUCAAACAGUGUUAGCAGAACAAAGCGGUGUUCUUCGUGCGAUGCCAGGGACCAAAGGAGGGGUCGUCAUCCAUUUACACUUAGAGCGGGUACAGGAGAGACAGACAUGUUUAAAAUCAGGAGAUCCAGAGAAAAUGUAACAGUGUCCUCUCUCUUGGUCCCACUCAGACUGUACGUGGCUGCUGAGCUCUGGUCUCUGUUUCUACAUGCUACUUUUAACAGAUGUAAUUAUAAUGUAAAAUGGCACACAAUGUUGAUGUAGGCUCCAGGUGUUUUUACCAAAAUAUGUUUUUUUUCUUCAUUAUUUUCUGUUUGUGCUGUUUUAUUUUUUAUUUUAUAUAUAUAAAUAUAUAAAAAAAUAAAGGUUACUUUCACUCCUUUUACAUUUUUAGGGGUCAUCUGAACUCUUACCUGCCAGGUAAUACCAAGAACACGCUCUGAUUGGUUCAGUUAAAUAAAUAAAAAAAAAACUCCAAUGGCAGAGAGACUGUUUGUGAUUGGUUGGUCCUUGUUUUUCUUUAACUGGUGGCUUAGAGUUGGGUUCAUUUCCAGCCCAAAGUCAGUAUAAUUAUUAUAACCUGUUGUUGUUUUGGUGCAAAAACCAAAUGCUCUGUCUAAAGUCUUUGUUCUUUGUAUAUGCAUUCUUUAAAAAAAUAUUAAACUUAUACCUUAAUUGCCUUUA